AUGAGACACAAAGAAAUGGAUAUACUAAAAGCUUUUGGUAUUUUGUACGUCCUAGGUAUCCAUUAUUAUCUACCUCCAAUAUUCGCUAAUCCAUAUCGGUCAUCCGUACUCUCGAUGUUCUUUUUUAUAUCCGGUUGCUUUUUCAAAUCAUUCGAUGGUUUUCGUGCGAAGCUGAUAUAUUGUGCUAACAAAACUAGAGAUCUGAUCUUACCAUAUUUCUUAUAUCAGAUACUCUUCACUAUAAUCUGUUACAUUCUUCAACGGUAUUUGGCAAUACAACUGCUAACAACAUAUUACCGACAUGAUUUGUUACAAUAUCCAGUAGUUUGCCUUCUGAAGCCUGUGUUUGGUGGUAUGUCAAACGUUCUUGGUAUCAGCUGGUUCAUAUCAGAUUUGUGGCUGAUCUUGAUACUUGUGCAAUUCGUCUACCGAAACAAAGAGAGUUCUUUGAAAAUCGAUUUAGUCUAUCUUGUAUGUUUUUUAUUUCUCGCCUUGGUGAAUAUUCAAUGGUCAUAUACCUCUCCGAGACAGGCAACACGAUCAGCACUGAAUAUUCCGCUACCUCUACUCGAUCAUCCAAUGCCGAAACUUAUUAUCGUUCGAACAUCUUUCGGUUUGUUUUUCUUCUUUUCUGGGAUAGUUUAUCGCACACACAUCGAAAAGUAUCAGCAUGUCAUUUUCACCGAAAUCAAUUUUUGCUUGGUAUACAUUGCUUUUUCGCAAUUAGUUUAUCAAUACAGCGCAAAUCUUACAACUCAUCAAUUCAACGCCGAGUUUAGCCCAGCACCGUUUUGGUUGCAUGUUACCACGACGACACUUAGCAUCUAUAUGUUCAUAUACAUCGCAAAAUGCGCUUCCAAACAACUUGCAAACAAUGGACUUUGGGUGAAGAUAGGACAGGAAACUUAUCAUAUCAUGUGCCAGCAUUUGAUGAUCUUUCAACUGCUUAAUAUUUUGAUGAUUACCAUCUUUCAUGAUGGAAAUCUUCAAGUGCUUAGCGCGAACCUUGAUUAUAAGUAUAAAGCUGCAGCCAGAUGGCCGAUAUAUAUUGGUUUCGGCUUAUUAAUACCGACAUUUUCGGCAAUUUAUGUCCGAAGACUGAUCAGAAACCGAUUAUUCAGAUGGCAACAGGUGUAG